AGUGACAGUUUCAAUACUGUUUGUAAACAUUAACACGUCAUUCAUUUUUAGUAUAUUUAUAUUUUUUAAUUUUCUAUCAGUUAUCAGUAAUUAUCAAAAGAGACAAUGGCUGAUGUAUCAGUGGAUGUUUCUGGUGUGAUGGAUCCUCUUCAGAGUCUUGGCGAUAAGAAUAAAUUACCUAGUUUUUUUCAAAUCCCUUCAAAAAUACCCGAUCCAAAAGAAUGGAUUGCCCACCAAAGACAAAAUGUAAGGCCAUGGUUAGUUUUCAUUCAAACGUCAAAUUUCAAAGCUCCUCCUUCAAUUCCUAGGCUAGGAAAGCGAAUAAUGAGAAAUAUUGAAUACUUUCAAGCAAAUUAUUUAUUUGUAUUUCUAGGACUUGUUAUCUAUUGUUUGAUAACUUCACCACUGAUCCUGUUUGUUCUUGCUGGAACAUUCUAUGCAGGUUACCGCUUGAAUAAAAGGCAAACAGAGAGAAAAUUGGUGCUGCUUGGGAAAGAGCUCACUAUAGCUCAACAGUACGGACUUUUAAUUUUGUGCUCAAUGCCAAUAUAUUAUUUUGUUGGUGCUCAUGGAGCAUUAUUUUGGGUAAUUGGUGCUUCCAUGGUGGUAAUAACGUUACAUGCUGCUUUUUAUAAUAUUGAAGCUUUGGUUGCACACGAGGAUGAUUCAUAUCCACUUUUGGAAGAAGUUUGAUUUAAUAAAAUCUUAUGAAUUUAAACCUGUAUAAAACAUUCUACCUAGUUUUAAAAACAAAAUAGUUGAAUUAUAAUUCAAAAAUGUUUGUUUAGUUGAACUCUAGAUAAACUAUUUGGUUUCAACAAUUGAAACUCUAGAUGAAAAAGGUAAGUUUUUGAAUAACCUUAAUUUUUAUAUCAAGAUUUCUCGAAUGAUGAUUCUGUCCCAGUGCAAUUAACAAAUAAAUUGUUUUAUAAAUCGCGUUUAUCUAAGUUCAGUCUUUCCAGGGGAAAAAUACUUUUUUCAAUGUAAUUACCUAGAUUGUGGUGCUAGGCAAGACAUAUAAUUGAAACAGUCAUUUGAGAAACCCCAUUUAUCUGCAGACCAAAACUCGUAAAGAAAGUCAAAAGUGUCAAUGAAUACAAAUCCGUCAUUUAAUACAAUCUAUGGUGUUUGCAUUGUUUUUUUUUUAUCCGGGACAGGUGGUGUCCCGCA